AACAGUGCCAUCUGCUGGCGGGAAAUGUCACAUGUUUUGUAAUUCUUACGCAAACUCUUUUGUAACUCAUAUACGUUGUUCUCCAUUAACGUCGUGGGUGAGUUUCCUACAAUAGCAGCAGGUUUUCGGAACGAAAUCAAAUCAAACGAGCGUCAAUGUCCUCGGUUCCGAAGGUGACGCUGGCCGGAGGCCUGGAGGUCUGCCGGAUCCUGAACGGGAUGUGGCAGGUGUCCGGAGCCCACGGGACCGUGAACACGACCAGAGCAGUUGAGGCCAUGCAGGCCUACACAGAUGCGGGUCUGACCACAUUCGACAUGGCAGAUAUUUAUGGGCCAGCAGAGGACAUCUUUGGACAGUUCAGCAGCCAGCUGAAAUCCUCUGGGAAAGAUGCUCCUGCUCUGCAGGCUCUGACUAAAUAUGUACCGAAACCAGGACCCAUGGAGCGCAAGGUCCAGUACUCUCUGAUUGAUCAGCGCCCUGCAGCAAAGAUGGAGCAGUUUUGUCUGGCUAACAACAUCCAGCUCCUCACCUACGGCACGCUCGCUGGAGGUCUACUGUCCGAGCGAUAUCUUGGAAAGGCGGAGCCUAAAUCCAGGGCGGAGCUCUACACUGCAUCUCUUUCUAAGUACAAGAACAUGAUUGACGCUUGGGGUGGAUGGAGUCUCUUCCAAGAUCUUCUUGUCACCUUGGACACGGUUGCCAAGAAACACGACUGUUCAGUGGCCAGCGUCGUAACACGCUAUGUGCUGGACCGCCCCGCAGUGGGUGGAGUCAUCGUGGGUUGCAGAUUUGGCGUCGCAGGGGCGGGGCAGCACAUCAGUGACAGUCUGUGUAGCUGCAGCCCGGAGCUGAAGCUGACGGCCGCAGAUCACGCUGCCAUCGAGGCGGUGACGCAGCGCUCCAGGGACCUUAUGGCGCUCAUCGGAGACUGUGGGGACGAGUACAGGAGCUGAAGGGGGAGGAGGAGGUUUGACAGACAGGAUCUGGCAACUCAGGGAGGAUGAGGCAGAGUGCAGCUGCAACACAAAAAGCGACGUUUCAGCCUCUUUUUCUUUGUUUUAUUCAGUUAUUGAAUUUAAAUGAAGAGUUUGGAAAUAUUUUUUAUUAUAACUCGUAAAUUACGCAUUUUUUUGUUUGAGUCUGUAAUGACAAAACCAAAUUAAUGCAGAAGCCUUUUAAGGUUUGAAUAAAGCCGCAGUGAAACGCA